UCGCGUUCGUUUUUUUGUGUUUUCAUUUUCCGAGAUUCGAACUUUGUUUCCAUUCGCCUUUGUUAUGGAAACUUUGAGCACAUGUUUCGUCUGAAACGCAACUGGACCCACUAGAGAAAAUCCCUCUCCCUCUCACGACUCCGAGCGUCAUGAGUGUCGUUGGCAAGCAACUGAAUCCCGUGCAAUCAAAUUCGGCCGCCGCCGCCGCCGCCGCUGCUGCCUCCUCCUCGGCAGCUGCAGUCGCUCCGGGCAGCAGCAGCAGCAACAGCAGCAGCUCUGAGUCGAACGGCGCUAAUGCUGCAGCUGGCGUCGCCGCUGGCAUCGGCAUUGGCGCCGGCGACGCCAAGCGCAAGGAGGAAUCCAAUGUGACACCGGAGGAUGUGCUGCAUCUGACCAAAAUCACAGACGAUUAUCUGUGCUCGGCGAACGCGAAUGUGUUCGAAAUCGACUUUACACGCUUUAAGAUACGCGACCUGGAGAGCGGCGCCGUGCUCUUUGAGAUAGCCAAGCCGCCCAGCGAGCAGUUCCCAGAUGGCCUCUCCGUCGAGGACACCAUGCUGGCCGCCGCCGAGGAUCUGUCGCUCGAUGACACUGCCGAUCCCAAUGCCGGGCGCUAUGUGCGCUACCAAUUCACGCCAGCCUUUCUCAACCUGAAGACAGUGGGCGCCACUGUCGAGUUCACUGUGGGCAGCCAGCCAGUUAACAAUUUUCGCAUGAUCGAGCGUCACUUCUUUCGCGACCGCUUGUUAAAGACUUUCGACUUUGAGUUCGGCUAUUGCAUUCCACACUCCAAGAACACUUGCGAGCACAUCUACGAGUUCCCCAAUCUUCCGCCAGAUCUCGUUGCUGAAAUGAUAUCCAGUCCGUUCGAGACACGCUCGGACAGCUUUUACUUUGUGGAGAAUCGACUCGUCAUGCACAACAAGGCGGACUACGCCUACGAUGGGGGCAAACCUACCUAAAUCUACGCUAAGAAUUGAUGCAGCAGCUACACUAUAACUAAAACCUAUAGCAGCAAAA